UAUAGGCCUUUUAGCAUAUGCCUUAGCAAUAUUGGUUUGUUUUUAAUCAAAAUAUACAAUACCUAAAGUAGACAGCUCAGCAACCACUACAAAAUGGUCCCACAAAUGAUUCAAAAAAUCCCGGAAAUGCCCCUCUAAAACCCUCUAUAAAUAGCACGGCUCUUCAUUUCUUCCCUCCCUUUUCCCCCUUCUCCUUCCUAAAUCACUGAAUUACCACUCUACCCUUAUCAUGCCGUCCUCAAGUUCCGCUUCCGUUCAAGCCUUCGCGCCACAAAACCACGGGUUCGGAACGAACACGGAGCCAAUUCCGAUCGAAGAUGCGGCAGCGGCCUCGCCGCCGGUGACGGAUGCCUUUGUGGUCGGCGUCGACACCGCGGACGACGUCGACGGCCGGAGGCUCAGGCGGAAGAUCUCCAACCGGGAGUCGGCGCGCCGGUCGCGCGCGCGCAAGCAGCGGCACCUCGACGACCUCCGCGCCCUGGCCGCAAGCCUGCGGGGCGGCCGCCGCGAGCUCGCGGCGCGCGUGCACGCCGCCCGAAGCCGCGUCACUAUCGUCCUCCACGCCAACGACGAGCUCCGCGCGGAGGCCGCCGCCCUGAGCCGCCGCCUCGAGGUGGCGGCUCAUCGCGCGCUCGCCCUGAACCAGCUGUACGCCGCGGCCGCCGGUCUCGGAGCCGGGACGUUCGAGCAGGCCGCUGCCUCGCUGAUCGCCUGGAGCUGAUAGGCGCCGUGCGUGCAUGCAUCAUGCACGUGCACGGGUAGGGUCUACGUACUUUCUCUGGUAAACGGUAAAGAGAAGGCACGACGUACCGUGGGAUAGCUAGCUAGCUUCAUCAGUCCUGAAGUGAAUGUCAAAGAAAAAAGCUUUCAGUCCUGAAGUCUUGUGAUUGGGUAGAUAUAUCAGUCACCAAGUAAAAGAACGGGACAUAAUGGCACGAUUAAUUCGUGACCGUUAAAGGCACAAAAAAAAGUUGGAAUGUAAUUUUACUAAACCAACAUCUAAACCUUGUGUUCGUCGACUGGUUCCCCCUGUCCUGCCGGCUCCAUAUAUAUUUUCUCUUCUGAAUUCUUGGUUAUGCAUUGCACGACCGAGUACGUACGUAGCACCAUUCAGUGGUUCUGACAUGAGCACUGGUAUAUCUCGCCUCAACUAC